GACACAUUUCCUUGUAAGUACUUUUUCUUUUUGUUUUUUGCGAGGAACAAUGAUAAAGUGAGCUGAUCUUUAUUGUAAACAAAGUAGAAAUGCAAGUUGGAGGGAGUGUGACGGCAACAUCAGGCAAACCAAAUAGAACAAUGGACAUUACUCCAUUCAUUAGGGUCAUUUCUGGUGAAGUGCUCAGGAGAUGGUGGCUUGAAUACCAACAUAUAUAUAUUAUUUUUUUUUCCUUCGAUGCUACUUUGCACUUCCACACUGAAACUAGACAGAAAACAACUAAUAGCCGUGGGAUUUACAAGGAUAGCUCCUUCCUCAGGAUACGCAUGACUCCAUCACUACACGCACGUGGUCGAAGUAGACAGAGCGGUGCAGGGAGAAGGGUGAACGAUGUGGGUUUGAAUCGAGAUGCAUCACUCAUCAUCCCGUCCAUAGUUCCCACACAAGAAGCGCUCUUGAAUUUGAGCCAGUAUCAUAGCAGCAGCCGAGAUGAUAACAUGAACUUGGAGAGCGAGAUCUACGGCCGAGGCAACCCUCUUGCAGCAACCAUUUCUGAAGAAGUAAGUUUCAUCAUGCCUAUGCCCUCAACGCAAUCAUCAACUCCAUCGUCCUUUGGGCAUCAAGAGCACGCAAAAGAGCAUUCCCGAACUCCAUGUUUCCGUUAUUCUCCAGAAAAAACGAGCGAAGUGUCAGCGGAAGCAACAUCAGCAGUAGUAGAAGCAGCCAGUAAAAGAGAAUACGACGAUGAAAAUGAAGAUUCUGAUCCAAUUAUGGACUUUGAAGACACUGAUGAAGAACAAAAUCAAGUGCAGGGAAAUAAAUCCGCUAAAACAGGAGAUGUUCAUAUGGAUUCAGCAUUUGCCUCGUCCUCAAAAUCCACUCCACCCAAAUUUCGCCAGCAAAACCAAAGCUCACCCAGUUAUGGUACUUUUCAGCCCUUUGGUUUGAAUUCACCGCAGCCUCCGAGUCGUAGGUUCAUUUUGCCUACAACCACCACACUUGGCGCAGGAGAUCCACUAGGAGGGGUUCCUUACUCGCCCAAUAAGCGGCUUCGACCUGUGAGUGAGCUUCCUCGACCUGUUGUACCCUUACAACCAUUAGUACAAAAAUCGGCGAGUCGUAAGGGUACUUCACCACGGAAACAGAGGGUUGCUCAGGUAACUUCACCUAAGAAAUCGCCAUCGUCUGAAACAAUAGAGGGCCUAUCAGUGCCUGGGAAGUAUACGAAAGGCCUGCGACCACCCCCACCACUAGGUCCUAAGUUGCUGCGGAUCGCAAAUGAAGGAAAGAGGAGACAGAAGCAGGGGCUUCAGCAAGGAGAUGAUGAAGAGAUGGAAAAAGAGAGGCCCAUUCGCAGAUCAAUACAGCAGAAGCCAGGUGAUUUAUAUCCAAACCCGGCUUUAAAUAUUAGUAAUACAAUGUCGAUAUCGCUUCUUUAUGACGAACCUUCACCGUCACCUUAUGUCAGCUCUCCGGAACCAGAGGUAACAACACCAACAAGGUCAAAGCCCAAUACCGCAUCCUCGCUAUCAACAAUUGUACAGGAUGAGUUGAAGAAACAGAGGCUACUAGCAGAAGUGGCAGCAAUACGCAAACCAUCAAUACCGCUAUCAAUAUCAGAAGGAUCCUCAGGCCUGGAGCCGGCUUCCGCACCUAUCUUUGAAGCGCUGGCCCAUACCAUAAAGAAAGAGCCGCUUACACCUGCGCUAUUAUCUACAAUACCCACUCUCCAGCAGGGUUCGAAGGCAGCACCGCACCAACCCCCCCAGUCUCCUCAGGAGCCACAUGGGUCCGAGAGGAUUGUAUCCUAUCCUUUAUUGACCCCUCCACCGCCAAAACUACAGCAGAUUAAAAAACCGCUUCCAAAUAUAAUCCCUCUUCCAGACAUUGUACUACAAUUUGCACCCAAACUCACACCAAUCGAGGAUAUCAGAUGGCCUCCUGAAAAGCCUGGCCGAUUUCACAUCCUGGCAUUGGUUCUAUUCAUUGGCCCUGAGAACCAAGUUGUGAUAAAGGAGAAACAAAAGGUGGUUGCUAAAUGUGAGAUUACAGUUUGCGGCCUUAGUGCGAUGCCUUUCAAACUCAAUCUGUGGUCGAGUUGUUGUGAAUGGGUGCAGGGACAGAUGUUUAAAGUAGGAGACGUUGUUCUAGUCACAGAUAUUCGCGUAAAAGAAUUUAAGCAAUCAACAGCCAGAGGCUUAACUGAGAAGGUUAGCGGUAAUACAAGUUGGUGGUCACGGAUGGCGAGGUUGGAUGGUUCACUACUACCGUUAUAUCGCGGCAAUUCAACUAUCGAAUCCAAUCUAGCUAUUUUUAUUCAAAAACGUCGUGCCCUUGCUUUUGAUUUAUUGGACAAGGAAAAAGGCAUCGUUAAGGACAGCUCCAUCUAUGUCACUUUACCAUUGUGGUCAUUUACGAGUCAGGCGAAUGAGGAUCAAAGUCUUAAAGAAAAGGACAGGGUGACUAUAAGUUUAAAUGGUGAUAGCGCUAUGGAGACCAGGCGAAGUAAGCACGGCUCCAAAGUAACGGCUUUAGUACCAAUUGGGUCUGCCGCAGCCGUAAGUGCGGCACAACCCAACACAAAGUCCGUAGCAUCAACUUCGAGGGACGUUCUACCGAAGCAUGUCACUGGGGUAUCUAUACGGGUAUCCGUUGCUUACAAAUUGUUAAUGGUCGCUGGUGAUGAGAGUCAAGGAUGGGAGAUAGGUUCCAUAACGCCUAGUGGGCAUUUCAUCAGAAUCCAGUGUCAUGCAGCCCCUUGGAUCAACGAUGUGUCACCAGGGCGAGUGUUCCAAUUUUUUGGCAAGCUUCGGGAAAAAUCUAAUGUUUUACAAAUAGAUGCUGAAUCACGAAAGCCUUACAUGCACGAAAAUCCUUGGGUUGACUCUGUCAAUCGUGUUGCAGCACGACAGUUUAGAACCAUUCGUUCGAUUCGGGAACACAGGUUUAUGGGUGACGGAGUUGUUGAUUCUUAUAUCUUGGCAGUUAGUUUCCCUCAACUUGCCUUGAGCAGCACUGAUACGGAGCAGCCACAACAGGGCGAUGAAUUUACCGGAUUCAUUCAAUGCUACUGCGCCGGUUGUUAUUCCAUUGUGGUGCCAUGCCCUCAGAAUCCCACCAUCCUUUUGUGCCGCGAAUGCCAUCUAGAUCCUCAAAAACGCCAACAGCCGCUGAAGUGGAUGUAUCCUCCUUUCGAAUUGAUACUAGGCGAUAAGCCUCGGAUAGCAGCAAACCUAACGAGUGAAAGUUUACAGAUACGAUGCCAGUUUGAGAUCGGGGAUCAAGUCUUUUUAUCUGUUCCUGCUCGGCGCUGGAUGCAGGAUGAAGAAGGGUUCCGGAUUGCAAAGGCUAGAUGGCAACGCCUUUAUAAGCUGAUGAAUAGUGACCAUGAUAGUUAUUAUGGUGAUAAUGGCGGGGCCAGGAGCAUGAGUGGGAGCAAAGAAGGAGAGGCAUCAGACGAGGUUGGAGGGGACAUCAAGCGCCCUGCACAAAAGGUGCGCGUUGAGUUUAGAAUGGGCGUUGGCAUGGUGGCUAAAGCUCUGAAAGUCGAUUAUCUCUGAAUAGGAACCAAUUACUCGAUCAUUUUUUCUCAUCUUUUCUUUGCCAACAUCGCGUAAGAUGUAA